AUGUCUAGAUAUCUGUGGAUAUUUUCAAUUUAUUUAUUAUUAUCUAAUGUAUGGUCUCUAACGUCUGGUUUAAAUAAAAAAAUAAUUUUAAAUAAAAAUUCUAUAAAUUCGAAUCGAAAAGUAUUUAUAAAUAAAAAUGAUAUGGAUUUAACUAUUAGUCCGGCUAAAAAUUAUUUUCUCUAUGCAAAUGGUCUAUGGUUAAAUAAAACACAAAUUCCACCAUCUGAAACAAGUUGGGGUGAAUUUACUAUAUUAGAUAAUAAUAUUAGAAAAAAAUUAAAAUUAAUUAUGGACGAUUUAACAUUACAUAAUAAAACUUAUGUAAAUGGUAGUCUUCAACAAAAAGUAGCUGAUUUGUAUAUAUCCGGUAUACAUAUGGGAAAAAUAAAUAAAUUAGGUUAUACACCUAUUAAAUAUAUUUUGGAUCAACUUAAAAUAAUAAAAAAUUAUACAGAAUUAAUUAAUUUUCUUAGUGAUAUGUAUAAAAAUUAUAAUAUGGGUUAUUUAUUUGAUUUUUAUGUUGGUGCUGAUGAUAAAAAUUCUAGUGUUAAUAUGAUUAAUUUUCAACAGACAGGUAUUGAUUUACCUGAACGUGAUUAUUAUUUUCGAAAUGAUCCAACAUCUAAAAUAAUAAGAGAAAAAUAUCUUUUAUAUAUUCAAAAAAUUUUAAAAUUAACUAAUUCAUCAAAAAAUUUAACAGAACUUACACGAAUGGCUGAUGAUAUUUUAUCAUUAGAAACACAAUUAGCAGCAUCACAUCGAACACCAAAUGAAUUAAGAGAUCCAAUUAAAAAUUAUAAUUCUUUUCAAAUAGAUGAUCUUCAAAAAUUAAUGCCAAAUAUAGAUUGGCCAACUUUUUUAAAACAUAUAAUGGUUAAUAUGACAACUAUAUUAAUGGGACAACCAGAUUAUUAUCAAUUAUUAGAUCGUCUAAUUACUACUCAACCAUUGGAUAUAUGGAAAAAUAAAAUAAAAUUUUCAAUUGUCAAUAGUUUUGCAUCUUAUUUAAGUAAAGAAUUUGCUGAUGCAAAAUUUGAUUUUUAUCAACGACUUAUUAAAGGACAAAAACAACAACAAGAACGAUGGAAAACGGUUAUCACUACUAUUGAUAAAAGUAUAGGUGAUUUAUUAGGUCAAUUAUUUGUACAAAAAUAUUUUCCAUUAUCUGCUAAACAACGAAUGUUAGAAAUGGUUAAUAAUUUACAACAAGUUUAUCAUAAACGUAUUGAAAAACUUGAUUGGAUGUCCACAGAAACAAAAGAAAAAGCAUUAGAAAAAUUAACAGCUAUUACAAAGAAGAUUGGCUAUCCUGAAAAAUGGAAAACAUAUGAUAGUGUAAUAAUUGAUUCACAAAAUUUUUUUUUAAAUAUUAAAUCAGUAUUAAAAUAUGCUUUUAAUGAAAUGAUUGAUAAAGUUGGUAAACCGGUUGAUCGAACAGAAUGGGAUAUGACAACGCCAACAGUAAAUGCUUAUUAUAAUCCGCUUAAUAAUGAAAUUGUAUUUCCAGCUGGUAUUCUUCAAUUUCCAUUUUUUGAUCUUAAUGCUGAUGAUGCAAUAAAUUAUGGUGGAAUAGGAACAGUAAUUGGACAUGAAAUGACGCAUGGAUUUGAUGAUAGUGGAAGACAGUAUGAUAAAGAUGGAAAUUUAAAACAAUGGUGGACAAAAGAAGAUGAAAACAAAUUUAAGGAAAAAUUAAAAGUUAUUAUUGAUCAAUAUAAUAAAUUCAAAGUUUUAGAUGAUCAAUAUGUCAAUGGUCAAUUAACAUUAGGUGAAAAUAUUGCUGAUAAUGGAGGUGUAGUCAUUGCCUAUAAUGCAUUUAAAUUAACCAAACAAGGACAAGAAAACAAUGUAACGAUUGAUAAUUUCACACCUGAUCAACGAUUUUUUUUGUCUUAUGCACAAAUAUGGAGAGGUAAAAUGACAGAUGCAUUACUACUAUCAUUGCUAAAGAAAGAUCCUCAUGCACCAGCAAAUUGCCGUGUGAAUGGACCACUUUCAAAUUUACCUGCCUUUUAUCAAACAUUCAAUGUUACAUCUCACGAUGAUAUGUAUAGACCAUCAGAAAUACGUGUAAAUAUUUGGUAA